AUGAGCUCGGUGAUACAAUUACAAGAGAGUGAAACACAUGUGUAUAUCUACCCAUCAUCAUCAGAUGAUGAUAAACAACAAAUACUUCAAACAUAUUCAUCAUCAUCAUCAUCUUCUUCCGUUGAACAUGAUGAUUCCAUUAAAGAAAUACUAUCAAAUCAUCGAAAAAUUCUUUUUGAUAAAGCACUUGGUGAAAUGUUAACACGACAUUUUUAUUUAAUUCAACAUGAAUUUUUAUCAUCAGAUCGAUUUGAAGGUUGGAUUUAUACAUAUAAUCGUCAUCGAUAUAAAAUCAUAAUUAGUUAUCAUUCAUCAUGUUCAUGUAAAAAAUUUCAAAAAAAUAACGUUUGUAAACACUUUCUAUUUGUACUCAAACGUAUUUUUAAUAUUAAUCUUUAUUCAUUGGAUCUUCGUCUUUCAAUCAUGGAAUAUCGUCGAUUUACUAAUAUAGAUUUAGAAUAUAUUUUUCAAGGACAAAUUCGUCGACUUUGUUCAAUUGUUCCACCAUCGUCACAAUUAAAUAAAGAAGAGCAAUUACUUUUAACUUUUAAACGUCAAUCAAUUGAUUAUAAUGAUGUUUGUCCAAUAUGUUUUGAACGCUUACUUAUGAAAAAUAGAAAAUUAGUAACAUGUUUUUAUUCAUGUGGUAAAUCAAUGCAUAAAGAUUGUAUGAAUGAAUGGAAACAUAUUAAAGGAAAAUCAACUAAUUGUCCACUUUGUCAAGCUCAUUGGAUAAAUGCAUCAGCAGCAGAAAAAGCUGUAAUCGACUAUUAUGCACGUCGUUCUUAUCCGAUUGAGAAACAAAAAAAAUAUAUUUUAUGUUGUUUAUACACUCCGCCAGAUUAUUUCUAG